AUGCUUCGACGGUUAAGAAGCCUUGCGCCCGUGGCGGUGACCUGUGGGGCGCUGCUUAGCUUCUCGUUCGCGCUUCUGGGCUACUCGCUCCUUGGUUUCUUGUAUCUUACUCGAUAUUAUGCACCAGCGGCUUAUCACUAUGUCCGCCCGCUUCACUUCGACUACACGGGCUACGUAGCUGUGGCCGUGGCCCCUUUGUCACCCAACUUGAAGGAGCAAUCUUUGCUGCAUAACAACCUCGCGCUGCCUGGCGCGGCAGCUGCUCUACUGCCGAAAUCACGGUUUCUGCCCUCUGGAACACAGGUCGCUGUUCAUGUAGUUUUGACCAUUCCGGCAGAUCACACGGAUUUGUUCCAGGUGACCGGGGAGUUGAUGACAAAUGCGACCCACAUCGCAGCCCGCUCUACCCGCACGUACAUUAACACCCCGCAGCCGUAUGCCUACCGUCUUACAAAGCAGCUGAUGUUCUUGCCGUUGCACGUCGUGGGUUGGGGCCACGGUGAUUGGGCACGUGUGGAUCUUCCGCUCUUUGACGAAUAUGAGGAGCGCGAUGACGCACCAGUGGCCAUGUUCCGAGCGAGGUUGGCCAGCCGUAACGCCUCCGGAGGCGGCCUGCCGCCGCCACCCGUGCAUCGGGCGGAGCUGCAUGCGCGGCUGCGACUAGGCUUUUUCCGGACCGCGCUCUUCUGGCUGCGUCCCGGUCUGGCGCUCAGCGUGGUGGUGCUGCUGCUGGGCCUCUUUGCGUCGAUUGUCGGCACUACCGGUACCUUGGCGCUGCUGCUGGUCGCUUAUUUCUUGCGGCGCUGGAUUAUCAAAACAGAGGCUGUGGCAGCGGCAGCACGUGCGAAGGCCAAGGCGCAACGAGGGGCGCUGCCGCCACCGGGACGGAAAGGCCCACCGUACGGCAGCUUUGAGGAUGCUCUGUCGUACAGCUUGGCACAUGCUGAGUUUUAUCGCGACAAUGGAGCGCAAGUGUUGGGUGUGGAGGACGACGAUACCGCCGGGGCAGCAUUUGGGCGUCAGACGCGCGGCCGGGCAUCACGCCAGGGCAGCGCCUUUCCUGAUAGGCCGAAGACGUACGAGGAUGACACCUUGGCGCGUGGGGGCAGUAACGGCGCCCGGCUGCCGCUAAUGCGCCAGGACUCCCCGACGUGGUCAGGGAGCAGCGGUACCACCGCUGCUGGCGCCGCCACCGCUGGACGGCCGUUGUCGCGUCAGGACAGCGACACUGCGGUAGCGGCGACGUCGAAAGCGAGUGCCCUAUCUUCCGUAUCCACCGUAAAGCGGCAGAACGGCUCUGACCGGCCAUUGCUGUCACCGUCACCGGUGCCGCUGGCAGCGGAUGGCGAAGAAGACGAGGACGAGCCUGGCAGCGCCGCCGCUGACAUAUCAGGGCCAGGCGCAGCGAUGGCGACCUGUGGAAAUCUAACGGACGGCGAGCACCAGCCAGCGGGUCAUGGUGAAGGGCAUGACCAGGGCAAUGGGGCUGCCGGCACAUCGGACCCUGGCCUCGUGGAUGAAGAUGCCGUCUCCGACGAGGAGUUGGAGCAUAUGCUGGAGACUGCUCGGUACGACGAACAAGGUAGCCUGGCCGGCGGCAAGACCCCAGACAUGGGGGAAGAUGCCACGGCCGAGGGGCAGUUUAGCGACCUCGAACCGCAGGCAGAUAAUGAGGCCGCAGCUGCGCUGCGCCGGAGGGCGGUGUAUACUUGGAAGGCUUAG